CAAUUUGACUCGAUUCCAUUUGUUUACGAUCCUACCCUACCUCGAACUGCCUGGUUGAUUCGGAUUCGCGUUCAAAGUGUACAUGUUGCCCUAAAUUGACCAUUGAACGGAUUCACCUUUUGGCUCUCGCUUUCUCGCGAUCGAAGAUCUUUGCGAUCAUUAUUUACAUGACAUUGUUUCAAGCCUUUUGGAGUUGAUCUGCAAUAUCUAUAUCAGCAAUCUCGUUGAGGAUUGAGACUUCAACUUUGGUUUCUCUUUCUAGCAUUUGCAUUUGAUUGCUUAUUAGCUUUCCCAAAAGGUGUGAUUGUUGAUGGACAAACGCUCUGUUCGGCGUGGUGUUGUUGUUAUAGAUGAACUUGAAAGCAAUUUCGGAAAGUUUGUGUACUUAGGAGAUAGUUAUACUCCGUCUGAUGAAGAUGAUGAUAACAGUGAUGAGGAGGAGGAAGGUUCUGAAGAAAUCGAACCUUACGGACCUGAACUUGUUAAAAAGUGUACGAAAAAGUGUGCUGAAAGUGACGAUGAACCUGAAACAUCAAUGCAACUACUGUUCUCGGAGGGACAUAUGAAGCCUAAAUUACCGCUUGUGUCUGCAAUGAAAGGUAGCCGCGAAAAAUUGGGAGCAUCCCCAAGGGAAAUGUCAGUAUCAUGGGCGCCUCAUGUGUAUGAUCCAAUUCCAGAUUCCUUAUCUCGAACUGUGAAAACCAAGCAGAAGAGUUCUAGGAAAGACAAAGAUAGAGACAAAGAAAUCAACAACUACAAGAACAAGGGAAAGAAAGGUCAAAAGGGAAAUUGUCGUGGUAAAGACAAGCAGCUUGGCAAAGCUGGUGGGAGGUGGUCCGAUAGGGGGUGUAAUAGAAAUCAAUAUACUUGGGACAGUCCUGAUGAGUUUUAAUGUUGGUAAAACGUAAAAAUUCAGUCAAAAUAGAAAAUGUCAUAUAGGAUUGUGGAAUGUUAUUUCAGUUUUCUAUAAAAUCAUCUAUAGGGAUUAGGGAAGUUUAGCAAUGCCUCUGACUUGGGAUGAAGUUCAAUUCUCUAAGCCCAAUUACUUUGCAGCAGUCUUCAACUUUCAAAUUCAUCUGUUUUAGUGACCAAUUUGAGCAUUCUUCUUCUUUACAUGAAGACUCGGUUUAUCA